AGAGACUCUUACACACAAAGGUGUCCGUGUGCCAUUUAUUUAAACAGAGCUUUUUGUCUGGCAACCGAGCGAGGUUCACGUACACGCACAACAACCGCAGGAUUUUACUUCGUAUGAGCGUCAAAGUUUUAUCGUUUCUUUGCCGAAUUUAAAAACAGAAGUGAGUUUUGCUAUUAGGACGCGCUCCUGUGUUCGAAAAUAUGUUAAAAGGAGGAGGCGGUAUGGAUUGGAAAUCUGAAAAAGGAGGCCUGUUUCUUUGUUUACCACGAUCAUGAAGGAUCAUUCUGGAAGGUCAUGGCAUCCCCUCUCCUGGUUUUAGCAGAGUUCAAGCAUGGAUUUUUAGGAGCUGAUCCACCACGAACAGACACUGGAUAAGGAGCAUCAUCCACAGAAGUUGGUGUAUGAUUCGGGUGGAGGAUGAGGUCCUCUCUGGUGGUGUCUGGUGGAGAGAAGGGUCUGCGGGCGCGAUUUGGACGAAUGAGGCAUCUGCUGUGCCAGAUUGGGCAUCAUGUGGAUGUGCAGAUGGACGAGGAGCCUGGCAUUUGGCUCAGGAGCUUCCAUCUGCUGGACCUUGAGGAAUGCAGUGAGGACCCGGUGCAGGAGUGGGGAGAGGAGGUGGAAGACGGGGCCAUUUAUGGCAUCACUCUUCACCGAGAACCCAUCCAAACCCCACCUGAUGCGGCUGAGAACUCUUCUGCCUUCGGCUUCGUGCAGUACCGCACACAGAAGGUCCGCAGGCUUAAAGCAGCCAUUCUGGAGCGUCUUGUCACAGAAUUGGUGAACCCGGAGUGCCCUGACCCAGAAUACAUGCAAAUCUUCCUCUCCACCUACAGAGCCUUUACCUGCACAAAUGCUCUCAUAGAACUCCUGUUUCAAAGAGAGGACACGGUCACCAAUCUGGACAACAGUGUCUGCGUUAGAAGUUCUCUGCCUCGUCUGAUCCGGCUAUGGUUAGACGAGUAUCAAGAGGACCUUCGGGAUUCUCCAGGUCACCAGGCUCUUCGUCUGCUCUGUAUUCAUCUGCGUCAUCGCCUCUGUUUCAGACGUCUGGUUCAUCAAGCCGAUGCACUUCUAAAAAAAUUUCAGACGGAAGACAGGCACACAGAUACAUCAGCAGAAACCAGCACAACUGCUGUAGAGAAUCAGGCAACUGAAGACGCCACGGACAGACAGGACAUAGAAGAGACAGGGGAUGUACUGGUCUUCCCUGCACGAGACAUUGCUGAGCAGCUCACACUAUUAGAUGCUGAGCUCUUUGUCAAAGUGGUUCCAUUUCACUGCCUUGGCUGCAUUUGGUCUCAGAGGGACAAGAAAGAGACUCGAAAUCUAGCGCCUACGGUCCGUGCCACCAUUGCCCAGUUCAAUGCCGUCACUAACUGCGUUAUCACCUCUCUGCUGUGCCCUCCUUCCACAUCCCCUCCCGGUUCCCCAUCCUGCACUCGCAGCGGCCCUACACACAGAGCAAAGAUGAUUGAGAAGUGGAUCUCUGUGGCUCAGGUGUGUAUAAGGCCUGAAACACUAAAGAAAACUUGGGCGGCAAUCAGCAGGGAGAGUAUGGCUGCCUUCGAUCACCUCUGCGACACAUUUCCUGAUGAGAACUGUGUGCUGGUCAAUCGAGAUAUUCUUGUAGAGGAAGGAAACCAGGCAGCUGAUGCAGACACUCACACCGCUCCAAAGUCUCCCAGACUCAGUCCUACAUCUAAGCACAUGACCCCCUCCAGCGGUGAGGUGCCGUACCUGGGCACUUAUCUGACUGUUCUCACCAUGUUGGACACAGCACUAAGUGAUAAUGUAGAGGGGGGUCUCAUCAACUUUGAGAAGCGUAGAAAAGAGUUUGAGAUUCUGUCUCAGAUCAAGCAGCUGCAGGCGUCAUGCGCUCACUACAAACUCCAAUCACAUCCUCGCAUCAUUUCCUGGAUCAACAGCGGCAUACCUCUUUCUGAUCAGAAGAGCUAUGAGUUGUCAAGAGAACUGGAGCCACCAGUUGACCCCUGUCCCAGCUCUCCCAACCCCUGGAGCCACCGGCUCAUCACCAAGAAACUGACCUCGUUGCUGUCUGGCAGUGAGAACUUCUCAAAGAAGACUUUUGCUGAUCAGAUCAGUGUAUCAUCCUCUGGCUCCAGUGGCUCAGAGAUGGAAGAUCUCAGCAGCCCCAACCUCUCACCACUUAGAUACAAAGUACAGUCUGUAUCCUGUCAGGACAUCUCAGUAGACACAGCCACCUCCUCUCUAACUCCGCCCAGCUCUUUUCGAAGAUGCCUACAGGCGGAUAUGUCUGCCCUGAACCCUGACAGCCCCUCCCCUACUUCAUCAUCAUCAUCUUCAUCAUCCUCUCCUUCUCUCAAGCAUCCCAUGUACAACAAGCAGGUCGCUGAUUCUUGUAUUGUCAGAGUCAGUGUGGAAUUUGGCAACAAUGGAAACGUUUAUAAAAGUAUUUUGAUAACCAGUCAGGACAAGACAGCUCAGGUGAUUCAGAGAGCUCUGGAGAAACACAACUUGGAGGAGAUGAACUGCCAAGAAUUUAGUCUCACACAAGUGCUUUCCAAUGACAAAGAGUUGCUGAUCCCAGACAAAGCCAACGUGUUCUAUGCCAUGUGCACCACUGCCAACUUUGACUUUGUGCUUCGCCAGCAUUACAAAAAUCUCAGCAGAGCGCCGGGCUCAUCCUGGAGUCCUGGAGCAGUUCUGAGGUCCCGCAAGUAACAGAAACUCAAUUACAACACACAACAUAAUACAUGAAAAACAUUAAAAGUGAACAGACUAUAUAACCACAUGGACGACUGUGAUGAGCGGGUGACCACUGGAUGUCGAAGCUCAGAUCAAUUUAAAAACAGACUGAUGGAUGCAUCACUGAGCUCUGAAGCACCCUGGAGUCACAAGUUAUAACAACAUAUAACUCAAUAAUGUCUCAUUGACAAAUAACAAGGAAACUGUAGCACAGCUGCCACAACAACAGUUCUGAUUUCAAACUGGAGGAAGAAAGACUCCGAGCAUCUGAAAUGAAGACCUAGAGAAGUUGCAAUAAUUGGCCACAUCUACUGCCAGUUUCUUCAGAGGUUUUGCUUUGAAAUGGGAGGUCACACACAUGAUACCUGAGUUUUACUGAGGAACGUCUGUUUGUAAGUGGAUGAACACAAGUAUGACCUACAAAUGCAAGCUUUUAUGUAGCUAAUGUUCAGCGAUAGGUAAAAAGUGAAAUUUAUGUUAUAUUUAGGUUGCUUUCUAAGUGACAUAAUAAAAA